AGACGAGUGCUUGUCGGAAAACAAUCGGUUCAAUUUCGCUCUUGGCUUCUAGAUUAUUGCUGCGAAUCUUUAAACCAUUAAGUGGCUCAAUAAUGGCUCUCAAUAAGCUUAGUAUCGAAAAUGUUGACUUGAAAGGAAAGCGUGUUUUUAUGCGGGUGGACUUCAAUGUUCCUAUCAAAGAGGGAAAGAUUACUAGCAAUCAGCGCAUAGUUGCUGCACUGGACAGUAUUAAGUAUGCUUUGGAUAAGGGCGCAAAGUCAGUAGUUCUCGCAUCGCAUUUGGGACGUCCGGAUGGCAACAAGAAUGUUAAAUACACCCUAGCACCGGUAGCAGAUGAAUUGAAGAAACUCUUGGGUCGCGAUGUCACUUUCUUGAACGACUGUGUGGGCGCUGAUGUGGAGGGUGCCUGUAAGGAUCCGGCGACUGGUUCUGUAAUUUUGCUAGAAAAUGUUCGAUUCUAUGUGGAGGAAGAGGGAAAAGGUGUUGAUGCUUCCGGAAAUAAGAUUAAAGCCGACAAGGACAAGGUUAAAACUUUUAGAGAAAGCUUAGCUAAGCUUGGGGAUGUCUACAUUAAUGAUGCCUUUGGAACAGCCCAUCGCGCUCAUAGUUCGAUGAUGGGCGAAGGAUAUAGCCAGCGUGCUGCCGGAUUACUGCUUAAUAAAGAACUGCGAUACUUUUCGCAAGCUCUUGAUAACCCACCACGUCCAUUCCUUGCCAUUCUUGGUGGUGCUAAAGUGGCGGAUAAAAUCCAGUUGAUUGAAAAUUUGCUCGACAAGGUCAAUGAGAUGAUCAUCGGUGGUGGUAUGGCAUUUACUUUCUUGAAAGUUUUGAACAAUAUGGAGAUCGGUGGCUCGUUGUUCGAUGAAGAAGGAUCAAAGAUUGUCCAAAAACUGGUCGAUAAAGCAAAGAAGAACAACGUUCAACUGCAUUUGCCAGUAGACUUCGUCACUGGUGACAAAUUUGCCGAGAAUGCGGCAGUCGGCGAGGCUACUGUUGAGGGUGGUAUCCCAGCUGGACAUAUGGGUUUGGAUGUAGGACCGAAAUCUCAAGCGGCAUUUGCUGCCCCAAUUGCACGUGCCAAGAUCAUUGUAUGGAACGGUCCACCCGGCGUAUUCGAGUUCCCUAACUUUGCUAAAGGAACAAAAGCUGUAAUGGAUGGCGUCGUAGCGGUUACUAAAGCGGGAGCCGUUACCAUUAUUGGUGGUGGAGACACAGCAUCCUGUUGCGCCAAGUGGGGAACUGAAUCGGAAGUUUCACACGUCUCAACCGGCGGAGGUGCAUCACUGGAACUAUUGGAGGGUAAAGUUCUCCCAGGAGUAGAUGCCCUGAGCAGUGCAUAAAUAUUUAACAAAGUUUGUUGUCACAAUGCGAGUGUUGCAAGUCAUGACCAUUUGCUGGUUUAUCUAAUCAUUAUUUAAGUUUUAGCAAAGUAGCAUAUGCGUAAUAGUAAUGAGUGAUUUACUUGAAAUUAUACGUUCAGCCAUUAUCUAAGUCGGAAAUAAUAAAAUACAUGUCAAUAAAAACAAAUAUCAAGGAAAUGUCUUGCUAAAA